AUCCCGUUGAGACCAUAAAGACAGAGUUGAAUGGCAUUGUUUUUGACGGAGGUUAGGGUUUGACAAGUUUGAAAGGUGUUUGGACGUCUGACUACACAUGCAUUUAUGUUAAAUUGUGUUCAGUGAUAUCUCAAAUGUAAUGGGUUUGUUAACAGUACUUAAAAAACUGAAGCAGAAGGAGAAAGAAAUGCGCAUCCUAAUGUUAGGUUUAGACAAUGCUGGUAAAACAACAGUUUUGAAAAGAAUCAAUGGAGAGCCGAUCGACACGAUAUCACCUACCUUGGGUUUCAAUAUUAAAACACUGGAACAUCGUGGAUAUAAGCUUAACAUAUGGGAUGUAGGCGGUCAAAAGUCAUUACGUUCAUAUUGGAGGAAUUAUUUUGAGUCUACAGAUGGUAUUAUCUGGGUAGUCGACAGUGCAGACAGGAGAAGGCUAGAGGAUUGUAAAACAGAAUUGUAUAAGUUACUGCAAGAAGAAAGAUUGGAAGGUGCAAGCCUUUUGAUACUUGCGAACAAACAGGAUUUGCCUGGUGCGAUGUCUGCAUCUGAUAUUGCAGAGAUGUUAGAAUUGCCUAGUAUUAAAACUCAUCACUGGAAGAUAUACAAAUGUUCAGCAGUUACAGCAGAAAAUCUCGUGGAAGGGAUAAAUUGGAUUGUUGACGAUAUUUCUGCCAGAAUAUUUUACAUAGACUAAUGCUAGAAGCUGCAUUAGUCUUUUUCCAAAUGAGAUUACUGUAUUCUAAUUUUUAUGUCAUUUUUAUUUUCCAUUUGUUGAAAUGGGGAGUUGUAAUAUAAUUGUCCGUUACAUAAAUUAUUAAACUUGUAUAUCAUUAUAAUAAAGUUUUGCACUUAUUUCCAUAAUUUCUA